CCUCUACCCCCCCGAGCAACCAUCACCUCCACCAGCAGGUGAAGACGACAGCCAACAGAAUGAGCCAGCUGAAGGAGGCGGAGCCUUGCCGGGAGCUGGAGGGCACGGUGCAGGCCUGGGCUCAGUCACUGGUUUACACUCUGGAGGAGCUGGAGUGUAAAAUCUGUUACAACCGCUACGACACUCGCAGCAGGAAACCGAAGCUUCUGGGAUGUUUGCAUCGCGUCUGCGCCAAGUGUCUGAAGAAGAUGGUGGACAUGGGAGAGUCCUCGCCCUCGGUCGUCAGCUGUCCCUUCUGUCGCCAUGAGACGCACGUCCCCGAGGAAGAGGUGUGGUUGAUGGAGGACGACCGGCACAUUCUGGCGGUGUUGUCGUGUCAGGACCGAGCUCGGCGUGGAGGAGGAGGGGGGGGGGGGGUGGUGUUGAGUCCUUCUUGUCUCACCGGGGGCGGCGUGGAGGCGGCGCACCGCUCCUCAGACUGCCUGGUCAUCACCAUCAUGGAACUUCCUGAAUCGUCUCCUUCGUCGGACUCACUGAGCACGCUCAACGUGGUGGGCGUGUACCGCCCCCCCAGCAUCGACUCGCUGCCCUGUCACCUGCCCCCCCACAAGUGUCACAACUGGACAUCCCGCAGUGUCCCUCGCUGCCUGCUGGGGGCGCUUUGCCUGGUGUUCUUCAGCUCGCUGCCUCUGGGGAUUUACCUGCUCAUGAUUGGUCAGCUGUGGUUGGGCGUCGUCCUCGUCAGUCUGGUCCCGUCCACGCUGCUGCUCCUCGUCAUCUACGGCUUCUGUCAGUGUCUCUGCCACGAGGUGAUGGAGGCGCUCGCCACCCGCACACACACGCUGCCGUGA